AUGGCGGCGGCGCACGCCGCCGGCUCGGAGGUGGCGCGGAGCUGCGAGAAGCCGCCGGCGAACGCGCCCGCCUUGGAGGCCACCAAGACGAUGUCGCCGGAGCGCGGCAUCCAGUCGCCCGUGAACGGAGGCCCAGGGGAGGAGCCGUCGGGGCAGGCCAAGGUCGUGGAAGAGCGGCGGGAGGAUCGGCUCCAAGCGGCCGACGCGGAGCGCAAGGUCUUCGAGGCGGACGAGGGGGCCUUCUUCGACUCGACCAAGGCGGAGAACAUCAAGAAGCUGCAGUCGGAGGCGCCCACCGACGACCCGGACGCCGAGCCUGCAGAAGUCAAGAGCAACGGCAAGAACGUCGACGCGACCACGAGCGCCGCCAAGGAGGACGGGAACCCGGUGGAGGAGGACCCCACCAAGGUCCCGGAGGCGGAGGACCCGAGCAGUACCAAUGCAGCUGGUACCUCAAGAUCUUGGUCAAGCACGGUAUUCAAGGCUGGGAAAGCCAUCGAGGAAUCUAGUAGCUGGCACGCGCCGCUGCAACACAGCAGCGAUUUCCUGCGACAGGUUGCGCGCUACGCACCAGCCACAGGACUCCAGCAGGGUUGUCCUGCUGCAUUCAUCUGGCUGUCUUGGGCCUGCGACAAGGUCAGUGCUUUCCUCGCCGAGGCGGCAACAACUGUGCAGGGUGCAUCAGCCCUUGGGCGAAUGGUAGGCCGCUGCACGAGUAUGAUCGGCAACAACCUUAAGGCGGAGCCGGGGGAAGAACCAGAGCCAGACAAGAAAGAUGGCACCGCCAAGGUGCUGAUCACGUCAUGUGACUGUUGA